CCAACGUAUUCACCCCGUCGCGUAGACCGAAACGGCAUUAAGCGGAAAGAUAUCUUUUCGAGGAAAACUAGCUUAUGGUAGCAAAGCCACCGUCUAAGCAAUACAUUAAUUUCAAUCCAGAAAAGCUUCUUGUACCACUUCUUGUUAAGUGAUUUCACUUACAAAUGACCAUUACUGUCUUCUACAAACUACAGAACUUAAUUAAUUCAUUUUCUCUUGAUCUUAUAUCCUUUUUUUCUUUUUCUAUUACUUCCAUCCAAAGUUAAGAAGAAACGAAACCCCAAAAUGAACAAGCACACAUCAUGGGUGACUUAGAAAAGUUUGGAGAGCAAAUACUAUCCAGGACCUCCAGGUAAAUCUGAGAAUGCAAGAAGUCUAAAUAACAGAGACUCUCUAUGGUCCUUUUUCUUUCAGGGAAAUUGAACUGAUUCAACUGAACCUGCUAGGCAAAAUCUCUUGAAAAGCAAAGUUCCAUCUCUGAAGUGAGAUCCAGAAGCCCUUCUUUACUUGUGCCGUCUUUUGGCAAUGGCGCAUGCACUGAUGACUUCUGAGCAACCAUCAACAUCGUCCUCUCAGUUGACGCCAGUUUCUAGAAUAAUCUGCCGCGUAUGCCAAAAACAAUUUUCACAAUAUACUUGCCCUAGGUGCAAUUCUCGGUAUUGUUCACUUCCAUGUUACAAGACACAUAGUCUUCGUUGCACGGAGUCUUUCAUGAGAGAAAAUGUUAUGGAGGAGCUUCGGCAAAUGCAAUCUGAUGAGGCAACAAAACGGAAGAUGAUGGACAUACUCAAACGUUUCCAUUCAGAAGAGAUGGAGAGAAUGAACGAGGAUGAUUCUUCACUGUCAGAAGAGACAAUUCAGAAGAUUUUAUCUGGAAAUCAAGUCAGGUUGGAUGACCUCACACUGGAGGAAAUAAAGCAAUUCCAAAGAGCACUUGCAUCUGGGGAACUAAGCAAGAUGAUUGAGCCAUGGACUCCAUGGUGGUUGAAGCACUCUGCUAGAACAAUCUCUCUCAGUCAUAAAGGAACUAAGCUUGUCCAGCCAGUUGAACUACAGUGCGUAUACACGGAAGGUGGUGAGGAAAAUUUUCAAGUGAGUGAGAUCCCGCCUGGGCCUGAAACUCCGCUACCUCCAGUUAGCAAGCUGAGUUCAGCAGAGCCAUCCCCUCUUUUGGUAGUUCACCUGGUGGACAUUAUAUAUUGCUACUGCUUCACUCUUCGGCUUUACAAUGGGGAUUGGCAAUCCGAUGCCCUUGGUUCUGCCAUGGUGGUGCUGAGUUUGUCCUCUGUCUUGGGGCAAGGGGGUCAACCAGAGACGGUGUCUGAAGCUGUAUCUCAUUGCGUGGAGCAAACAUGCUCACCAGCUUAUAAGCAUGUGGGUGGCUUGAGGUUUGGGUUAGGUCUUCUUGAUGAUAUAGUUGUCCUCCUCUCUCUGGGGGGAGCUGCUCUAGUAUGUUUACUUUGCGAUUUGCAAAGGAUAAUUCAGACUGGAGAGAGGGAGCUGAAGUCAGAGAAACAAAGAAAAUUGAAAAGAACGGAGAUGAGGAAUAACCUGAAGCAUGCUGAAAGGAAGAUUUAUUUUUUGAUGUGUUGGGUUCAUGAGCAGCCAAGAGAAGUCUGGUCCUCAUUGGAAGCCAUUGUUAGGGUGGAAAAGGGUUCUAUUGAAGCCAUUGAAAAUGGAGAUAGUACCAAGUCUGUAGACAUGGGAGUGAGGGGUGAAUCCAAAGGGAGGGCUCUGAUUGAGGAGAUUCAGUGAAUAAUUUUCGAAAUGUGUUACGGUUAUAUGUGUGUGUGUGUGUUUAAAAUAACAAUUCUAUCUAGCCCUGAAAUCCAUUCUAGCUGCUGCAAGAGGGACAAAUCAAGGUUAAUUAUCAAUACGUGCGAAGAAGAAUAUAGAUACAUUUUUUGAGGGUUAGCCGGUUAGGUUAGGAUAUGCUGCGAUAUUUUGAACCUUGGUUGGAAGCAUCUUUCACAGUUUCGAUAUUUUGGGGUUGGAUUUGUAUGAAGGGAGACUUUUGCAAAGGUAUUACAGGGAGGUUUUUAGCAUUUGGCAGAAAACAUGGAAGGUUCAAGUUUCCCUGUUAAUAACAAUGGAACUGAAGCAACAAGCAAGUCAGAAAUUGCAGAUUUCUGACUGACGAAAGAAAUGAAUUGUAACAAUUGUACUUCGCAGAGAUGAAUGACGAAAGAAAUUGAAAACCGUGUCUAGAAUUGGGACCAAGGUUUACCAUUUAGAAAAUUUCAGAUUUUCUGUUUAGUAUAUAAAACAAAAUUUUCCAAAAUUCAGAAAUUGCAGCAAACUACUUCAUGAAGCCUCAAACUUGUGGACGUUAACCUGACCUGCAGCUGUAGGAUGUUGACAUUUUAGGUUGCAUAGCAGAAUUUACUAUUUAGAAGUACCUGGUAACAUGAAUUGUAAUAAAGUGCUGAUCGAGGCUUUGUUUUUGUAGAAUGUGCUUAUCAAGGUUUGAAGUAUUUAUAUGAAUUGAUCGAGCUCCCGAUAUUUUAAUGCAA